AUGACGGCCGCCGAAGAACUCCCCCUCCAAACCUCUCCGGCACCGACCGGCAAAGACCAACAGCAGGCCGUCCGACGACGUAGGAAGUCGAGCAUUCGAGGCCAUGGCCAGCCCUCGUCCGCCGCUGCGAAGCAGGACAAGCUCAACAACCACUCCAACAUCCGCAGCCGCGCCCUCGCCCUCCUCCGUCGCUGCAAGCACAUCGCCGUCAAGCACACCUGGACGACCCCGCUCGUCCUGGUCAUCGCCUUCCUGUUCUCCUACGCCGUCAACCCGACCGAGUCCAACAUCGUCCACCACUUCAUCUUCCCCUCCUACAAGCUCUCCGACGGCGAUGAGGACACCCCCGCCCAGUACGGCAAGGGCCCCUGGGACUUCGCUUUCGUCCUCUUCUACUCCAUCGUCUUGACCUUCACCCGCGAGUUCGUCAUGCAGGAGCUGCUCCGCCCUCUGGCCAAGUCCUACAACAUCCGUUCGAAGGGCAAGCAGCUGCGCUUCAUGGAGCAGGGGUACACGGCGUUCUACUUUGCCAUCCUCGGCCCCGUUGGCCUGUAUGUCAUGAGCCGCACUCCCGUAUGGUACUUCAACACGACCGGAAUGUACGAGACCUUCCCGCAUAAGACGCACGAGGCCAUCGUCAAGUUCUACUACUUGUUUGAAGCCGCGUACUGGGCGCAGCAGGCGCUGGUCAUGCUCCUGGGCAUGGAGAAGCCGCGCAAGGACUACUACGAGCUAGUCGCGCACCACAUCGUUACUCUGGCCCUCAUCGGACUGAGCUACCGCUUCCACUUCACCUACAUGGGAAUCGCCGUCUACCUCACCCACGACAUCUCAGACUUCUUCAUGGCCAUGUCCAAAACCCUCAACUACAUCGACCAUCCCAUCACCGGUCCGUGGUACUGCGUCUCUCUCGGCUCCUGGAUCUACCUCCGCCACGUCAUCAACCUUAAGAUCCUCUGGUCCAUCCUGACCGAGUUCCACACCGUCGGCCCCUACGAGCUCAACUGGGAGACGCAGCAGUACAAGUGCUGGAUCUCCAAGGUCAUCACGUUCAGCCUCUUGGGCCUUCUGCAGGGGCUCAACCUCUUCUGGCUGUUCUUCCUCGUGCGCAUCGGCUACCGCUAUGUCUGGCACGGCGAGGAGAAGGACGACCGUUCCGAGGCCGAGGAGUCUGACUACGAGCCCAUGGAGACGAUCGACGAGGUCUCCAAGAUUGACGCGGCGCCUAUUGCUGAGGUUGCGAACGGCGUCGCGAACGGUGUGGCCAAGGCUAAUGGCAGUGCUGCGUCGAAGCGAAGCAGACGCGCAUAA